UGUCCAUCAUGUUACUCUCGCUGUCUAGUUUAAUGCUCAAAAUGCUGGUGGAAAGAAGGAAGAUGUACAUGAAGUGAGGAUUCCUGAGUUUUUGCAAUGGUCAGACUAUCCAUUUAUUGCCACACAUUCCACAACUCGGAGUUGCUAUGAAGGCGGGGGCCUCGUCCAUGUGGGCUUCAUGCUGUGGUCUGCUGAAUGAAGUCAUGGGCACAGGGGCAGUGAGAGGCCAGCAGCCCGGGUUCGGAGCCAGUGCUGGACCCUUCCGGUUUGCCCCCAGCGCAGGAUACUCCACAUACCCGCCCACAACCUCAGGGAGCCCCAGCCUUGUAUGUAAGGCCUGUGGCCAGGCAUUCUCUGUCUUCAGGAGGAAGUAUACCUGUUGCGACUGUAAGAAGAGCUUCUGCACGCUGUGCUCCAUGCUUCAGGAGAACUUGCGUAUAUGUGCCACAUGUCACCUGCUGAAGGGGACAGCCUUCCAGAGACCACAGCUGAUGCGGCUGAGGGUCAGAGACCUGCGGCAGUACCUGCUGCUACGCAACGUCCCCACAGACACAUGCAGGGAGAAGGAGGACCUGGUGGAACUGGUGCUGUGUCACCAGGGGACCGAAAGGGAGGGGGACCCCGACAUGGCUAGCUUCAACUCCCGCUCCCUCUACACCCCGCCCCCUUCCGCCACACGCUCCGCCUCCGAGCUGUCUAUGCUCUCCGCCUCUCAGGGGGAAGCGCUCAGCAGGAGCGACAGCUCAGGGACUACCAACCAGGAUAUAGGAGACGCCACGUCUCUCUCCACCCUGAACCUGGAACCCAGUGAGCACACACCAGAGGUGAUCCCUCAGAUGUGGCAGCGAGCACGGGCCUCUCUCUCAGACAUCUCUUGCCUGAGGGACAUCGAGGGCCUGUCCGUCAGACAACUGAAGGAGAUCCUGGCCAGGAAUUUUGUCAACUAUUCAGGCUGCUGCGAGAAGUGGGAGCUGGUAGAGCGCGUCAGCCGCUUGUACAGAGAGACAGAGGAGAACAGGAAGUCAUUUGAAAACGUGAACACAGCUAUAACUUCAGUGGUGGCCUUGCCCCUUCCUCCCAUCUGCAUUGGAGGGAUUGGAGAUGGGGAGAAGGCCCAGCUGACCAACCUGGAUGACAGCCUGUGUAGGAUCUGCAUGGACGCUGCGAUUGACUGCGUCCUUCUGGAGUGUGGUCACAUGAUCACCUGCACCAAGUGUGGUAAGCGGAUGAGCGAGUGUCCCAUCUGCAGGCAGUACGUUGUGAGAGCUGUGCACGUCUUCAAGUCCUAAUGUCUCAACCCAUCACCACCGUCUCAGAACAUCUUCAACAAAACAUUCAUCUCCAGAGAAACGGAGAUCUGUUGUUCCGUCACGGUCCAUACUGGGAGACUGCCUCCAUGCUCUCACCACCAAUACUUCUUGUUGUGGAUGUUCAUGUUUUCAUCCCCUGAAACGCUUACAUUAUUUGCACACUUAAACGUGACUAUAAAAAAUGCAGUGUUCUCUUUUUACCUUGUAUUAUUUAGUCUGACUAAUCAGUGUUUGAAGGGAAAAAAGGGCAGCAGUCUACCCUCGUAUUAAUCCAUUCCAUUACUAAACACAUCCUUGCCUUGUUCCUAUCAAGAAUGUGAGCUAUUCAAUCACAUGUGCAUUGUUGUCUAACAUGACGUAUCACUUUCGAAUCUGCCUGCUAUGAACUGUAGCAUUUGCUGCAAAUAACUGCAUAUCUUAGUAAUUCUGAAGAAAAUACUGUACUGUGCAACAGGAUGGGGGAUGAGCAAAUUAUAGGUCUAUUUGGAUUUUAAUUCAAAACAGCAAUAUCCAAUGUCAUUUGCUCUUUUGUCAUGUCUUAGCACUGAGUGUUAGGAUGGAAAAGAAAAACAGGUGCUAAAUACAUUCAAAUGUUUUUCCAACUUAAAAAUUGUGGAUUUUCUUUCAUUAAUAUUUUCCAUUUUAUUUUGAAAGUGGAAGGAAUAGUUUGUUUUUAAUUGAUAAAUGAUUGUAGUUAACACAACUAACUAAUCGAAGAGAGCUGCAACUUAACUGACACUGGAAUAUAAAGUGUAUCAUAUAUAUAUAAUAUUAGUACCAUUGUAGAAUAAUAGGGAAGACAUCAACA